AUGGCCGCGCGCGAGAUUGGCACGUGGUGCAGCUGUCGCGUGUGCUCCGAAAUUCGCAGUACGAUCGAUCGGAUAACGCGCGUUUUGGAGAUCUACGGCUGGAUGCUGGACGCUUACGUCGUGGAUUUCUUCCAAGACAACGUGUGGCAGAAAGUCCCAAAAUGUUGGACAAACUUUUUGGACGGAGCAAGCCCGGAGGAAUUGGGAAAUUGGAUGCUAAAAGAGUCAGGGAGCAAACUCGUCUGGCCACUAUCGUUGCUGGCCCUCAGGGCGUUUAUAGAGAGCGUAGAGAUACCCAGGGACCACAAAGGGACUUCCAAAUUCAAAUGCUCGUCGGAUGACACACGUUUUGUUAACGAGUUGGUCACUGACGACGAAAAGAAAGCCGGUGUUCUAGGACAAUUCGCCAAUUUGUUCACCAAGCACGUGAAGAAGAAAAAAAGAUACGAAAUCGACGUCUUGUCACAGAUAGCCGCUAAGUGCGCUAAUGCGGCGGGCUGCAAGUGCAUCGUCGACAUCGGAGCGGGUAUGGGUCAUUUGGCGAGGGCACUGGCUUAUGGGCAUCAACUGUGUGUCGUCUGUGUUGAGCAAAACGAGUCGUUGUUGGAAACCGCCAGGAAAUGGGAUGAACAGCUUAAGGUGUCAAUUACGAAGCAUGUGUCGGAUUUUAGCGGAAAGAAGCCCCAGCAUGUGUCCCUCCUAGUAGGAGUGACUCGAGCUGCCAGGCAACAAUUGGCAAAUCAGUUGUCUGGAAUUUUUGUGGAGAAAUUCCAUGAUAAUAGUGGCUUUGGUUUGAUUGGUCUACACCCCUGUGGUGACUUGGCCGCUACACUUCUCAAGUUUUAUGCAUCAGAAGAAAAAGCCAGGUUCAUAUGCAUAGUUGGCUGUUGCUAUAUGAAGUUGACCAUGGGCGACAACACCGAUAGGGGGUACCCAAUGAGCCAAUACUUACUGGAGAACAACAAUUACGAGUUAUCGUAUGCUGCUAUGGAAGUGGCCUGCCAUGCUAUUGAAAAACACUGUGAUAAGUUGAAGGCGAGCGACUACAGCGAUUUAAAAGUUCACGCGUACCGCGCUGUGUUGGAGUGCCUUCUUAUUGAGAAAAAUCCUAGUUUAAGACACGCGCAGCUGAAAAGCACCAAAAUCAAGCUGGACACCACUUUUAGAGAAUACUGCAGCAGCGUCACAGCAAAUUUAGAUGUGCAACAUCAGCCAACAAAAGCCGAUGUAGAAAGCGACGUUGUGAAAAGCUUUUUGGAGCAAUGGAAGAGGGUUUUGAUCUUUGCUUCGUUGAGAUUAUUCAUAGCUCCGCUGGUGGAGAGUCUGGUAUUGUUUGAUAGAUUUUUAUACCUGUCGGAAUUGAAUUUAUCGCCCUCCCUGAAGGCAGAAUUUGACUCGCGAGUCUCACCGAGAAAUAUCCUUUUGGUAUCCACCAAAAAAAAGACUGAUACUUUAAGUAAACUCGACAGUUACGUCGACUGA